CGGGCGUAUCUGAUAACACCUCGAAGCAUUUGCCCUAUAAAUGGCGGGAUCCUCUUGCCUACCAGAAUUUUGUUUCAUACGCCAAAUUCGCUCUCUGUGUCGUCAACGUUUCUGAACUCUCUUCAGUUUCCAGUCCCUUUAAACCCUCCGUUUUAAUUUCUCCUUCUGGAUUUUUUCAUUUUAGGGUUUUGAAUCACCUUAAUUUUCUCCGUCGUUCUGUUUUUCUUGUUUUAGGGUUUUGAAUCUUAAAUUUUAUUUUUAGUUUUGGAAGUGAGGACACUAGAGAAGUAUCUUGUACAGAAUGGAGGUUGCGGUCAGUGAUGCUGCCGGGCGUGGCGUUUCUUUGCCGAUGUCAUCAUCUUUUCGCAGGGAUUGGCAUGUUAUCCCGGAACAAUCGCUUCGAAACUCUGCUAAUGAGGAGAUGGAGCGUUUGAAGCUGGGGCAAUGUGAUGAGAGAUUGAUAUAUGAGGUGCAACAGCAGAUCGAGCCAGUGGACUUGAAUUUCUGCUCCAUUCCAAUUGAUGGAAGGUUGGAAAGUGAUAUUUCGCAUCAGCGAUUUCAUGCUAUUGCAAAACGAAGGGAGGAACUGCAGCAUGUGGAGAUUGAGCUCCGGGCACAGAUAAUUGCAGGAUCAGAGGUUAUGCAGAUGCAGAAUAACUUUGAUGCUCAGAUCAAAGAGCAUGCAAAUGCCAGUGUCAAGCUUCAGGAGCAAUUGAAUGAGAAGGAACAAAUGAUACACCAGCUGGAGAGAAAGAUUGAAGAGAAAGAAAGGGAGUUGCAUGCCAUUAGAUUAGAUAAUGAAGCGGCUUGGGGCAAAGAGGAUCUUUUAAUGGAACAAAGCAAAGAGCUCCAGAGUUAUAGGAGAGAGAGGGAUAAUUCUGAAGCUGAGAAGGCACAACAUAUUGAACAAAUUCAUGAUAUUCAAGAACGUAUUCAGGACAAAGAACAACGAUUCAUGGAGUUACAGGAACAGAAUAGGAUUGUUCAAGAGACCAUUCUUUUAAAGGAUGAGCAGCUAAGAGAAGCACAAUCUUGGAUGACUCGCGCUCAGGAAAUGAGUGCUCUGCAGUCAACUGGUAACCAUACUUUACAAGCUGAAUUACAAGAACGCACAGAACAAUGUAAUCAGCUGUGGUUUGGUUGUCACGCUCAGUUUGGUGAGAUGGAAAGGCUUCAUCUGCAUAUACAACAACUCCUGCAUGAAUUGGCUGAUGUAAGAGAAAAGAGUGGAAGUGAAUCUGAUCGUUCACGUGUCUCGCAGACAGGUUUAAACGAUGCUUCUCAUGUUGGACAGAGCAAUGGUACCCAAGUGAGUGGAAAUUUUAUACCGCUGGAGAACUCUGGCAACCUACAACAUGAAAAUGCUGAAAGCUCUUCAUCAUUUCCUUCAGGAGGAAAUGCAUCAAUGCAGAUUGAGCAUGUUCAAGGGGUUCCAUUUACUCCAUCCCUACCUGGAAUGCCAACCUAUAUUCCUCCUGGGCAAUUGCAACCACUUGUAACGACGCAUCAGCUAGGAUUACCUCAUACUUCUGUCCCAUCACAUGUGACCCUAUCUCUUUCGCACUCGGUUCCUGCGCUGUCAUCUCAUCAACAUUGGCAGAGCUAUGUGGCUGCAUCGGAUGGACAACAUAUGCCUUCUCAGGAACUGUAUCUUCAAAGAGAACAAAACUCGUUCAGAGUAGAUGUUAAGUAUGACUACGAAGCAUCUAUGAAUGGGCAAGUUCUUAUUGGAAACUAUUUGGAUGCCCACAGCAAUCAGGGGAUGGAAACUGUUUCUGUUGUUCCAUCACUGAAUGAAGAGGGACAGGUUCUCGAGUCUAUAGAUAAAAGUUACUACCCAGUUGGUGCCCAAUCUCAGCAGAGCUUGCAACAAAUUUCUUCCCAGUUUCAUGAGGCUCUAAGAUUGGAUUUUCUUGAAAACAAUAAUGAGAGAAAGGAGAUGAAUGUCAAUGCUGUUGCUGGUCAUGCACAAGAGAACAAAAGUUUCGUGAUAGAAAAACCUGAUUCUACGGAUGAUGCAUCCUCUACUGAAGCUCCAAAUCAUGCUGAAAGUACACAUGCAAUUGGAAAACCUCUAGAGAGUGCACUCCUCGAUGAAAGAUCAUUACUGGCUUGCAUUGUUCGUACAAUUGGAUCUGGUGGCAGAACUAGGAUUAGUUCAACGCUUCCAAAUAGACUUGGAAAAGUGCUGGCCCCUCUACAAUGGCAUGACUAUAAGCAGAAGUAUGGGAACUUCGAAGAUUUUGUGAUCAGUCAUCCCGAAUUAUUUGUAAUUGGAGGAGACUACAUUCAGCUUCGCGAAGGUGCACAAGAAAAAAUAGCAGCCACUGCAGCUAUUGCUGAAGUUACUGCUGCAGCAUCAUCUUCUUAUUCAGUACAGAUACCUUCUGUUGCGGUCACUCCUGUGGCACAUCCCAACCGGUUGAAGAAGGCAUCCUCCCUUGUAUCCACGUCUGCAAAUAUUGUUGGAAAACCACAUCAGUUCUCGUCAAUAAUGCAGAAUAAGAAUUUGAAAGGUGUUUCUUUUGAUGGAAACGGGGGCGUCUCAAAAAUUAAAAUUCUGAGUAAACCUAAAGAUCGGGUUGAAAGAAUCUGAUACUAGGCCUCAGCAGCCUAAACUAUUGAUCUUUGGAAAUGGAACGGACUCUGGUAUACAUGUUUCCUCAGGAAGACCUGGUAGUUUGAUUGGCAAACAACGGGGAAGGUAUUGAGUUCAGAAUUUCAUACGACUGCUUAAUUUAUCCAGUACUGUUGAAUAGAUUCUUACUGCUCUUUCCUCAUGAACACCCGGUUUGCUUCGAGUUUUAGAAGAUAGUUUGUUUUGAUAAACAUGUUUUUAAGUCCGAUUUCUUCUCAGCGUAAUUCUAUUCAAUAUCAGUAGUGUUAACAAUCAGUUUAGGCAGUAAUUGCAUGACAUUAAAUUAUAAAUUCGCUUAAAUGCAAUGUCACGAAUCUAUCAAAUGUGGCUAUCUAAACUGGUGUUAGAUAUCA